AUGAAUUUCUUAUUCAUUGCUUUAGUUUGUCUAAUUUUAUCAUUACUAUCAGCAGUAUGGUCAUUAUUAACAACUAAGCAAUGGCUUGAUAAGGCAAAUCUUACAUUUUUAUUACAAGAUUUCAUAAAUGCGGAAACGUAUUCUAUCGGCUUAAUACUCCUUUCAAUAAUUUCUCUUGUACUAACAAAGCUUACAUUAGGCAAAAUACAGAUUACAGUAACAGCUGCAAUUAUUUUUGCAUCUGCAAUGGUUCAAUAUUACUAUGGUUUAUCUUUUAAACUAUACCCAGAAGCUAUAAUAUCCUCAAAAUGGGAGUCUUGGCUCCAAUUAUUAAACCAAAAAGAAAUAAUUGCUAUUCAGGAGUUUUUCCAAUGCUGCGGCUUCUUCAAAUCAUACGAAUUUAUUAAAGAUAAAUGUACAUUACCAUAUGCGAAUGCAUGUUAUCCUACAUUGAUGUCAAAUUUGCGAAAUAAUUUUUUGACAACGGGAACAAUAUUCUUACUACAAGCUUCUCUAAUACUGAUUGCAUUAGGCUUCAUAUUUGUUGUUGGAAGAACUCGGAGACAUCAUUCAAACAGAACACAUAAUCAACUUAUUUCCAAUACACCAGAACCAGUAUUUUGA